AUGGCUGAUACCGCAAGGGGCCAUGCCAUGUAUCUCGUGGUUAAAUCCGGCGAGCCCGUCUUGCCCAACUACAACAACAGGGGGGCAUGCGUGGAGGGCCUUCAGACGGUCAAGAUGAUCAACGGAACCGACCGUCGUUCCGCCAUUCUAUCUCAAAUCCUUGAUCCCGCUGCUGCCGAUCGUCUCGGUCGUAUUCGCCUAGUCAAGGAGUCUCGGGCGGUGGACAUCGAAAACAGACUCAUCAUGCUAGCUCAGACGGGCCAACUACGCCAGAAAGUCACGGAAGAGCAACUAAAGGAGCUACUGAAUGCCGUCGCGGAGAAUCAGCGCAAAGAGGAAGAAGAACACAAGAUUGUGAUCACCCGCCGUAAAGGUGGCUGGGAUGAUGAUGAUGACCUGUUGGACCUGUAA